UGUACCACGAAGAAGAUGUACUUGUUGUAGUCAUAGCAGUAGUAGUUCUAAAACCCGAACAAGAAAUAGAAGGAAUUAAGACACCUGCUUUCGAGUACACUGCGCUCACGAUACUCAUUGGAAUAAAUGGGUUGUAAGACAUUUUAUACAAACACUGACCACGACCAGUUGCUCCUCAACUUUUGUCCGCCAAAAGUGCAAGCUUCGGGUGAUCUCAAUUGACAACUGUUCCAUUUCACGUGACAAUCGCCGAUAUUUAUGGCAUAAAAAAAGAGUAAAUCCUUCUCGCCAGUAGUUGGCGCAACACAGUGACAGUUUGAUACAUCAGUACACCAUGUUUGUCAGGGGAAAAAAAAGGUCUGUUCACAAUUGUGAAUUAAAAUUUGAUGGAUCAAAAACUACUUGUGAUAUUGGUUGUGAGUCGCUUGUAUUUCCCUGUCAUCUGUGUUCAUCGCAACCAUGACUGGCAGGGAGGUGGACAACCGCCUCCAGGUGCUGCAGAGCUACCGCUUGUUGCAGUACAUCCACGAAAACGAUGAGGCGCAGAUCGAGGAGAUGGUCCACCUUGGGGUGGCAAAUCUCAUUAAUCUCACAGAGCCGCAGAAUGGAACUGGGGCGCUUCACAUGGCAGUUGCAGCCAACAAUCAAGACCUGACGAGGUUUCUCCUGUCCUUGAGAGCGCACCCUGACAUCCAGAACAAGAGGGGGCACACCCCGGUCAUGUUAGCGACUGAACUGGGCAACGACGGCAUCGUGAAAAUGUUGGCUGAGCACGACGCUGAUAUGAGCAUCCAAGACAAUGAGGGCAAAGGGGUUCUGUUCUACUGCAUCUACCCGACAAAGCGCCACACACGUUGCCUGCAGGCGGUGUUAGAGUACCAGGCAGACGUGAACAAUGUGUCAUCACAGGGGACUCACGUCUUCCAGUUGAUGUGCCAACACGCCAAAGACUGCGCCCCCAUGUGUCACAUGAUGUUGGCCAAAGGGGCUGACCCCAAUGCAACAGAUCAGAAAACUGGCGUGACAGCGUUGAUGGAGGCUGCCAAGGCUGGAUCCCUGGAGCUUGUCAGAGACAUUCUCAAAAGAGGGGGGAACCCCAAUGCCCUGGACCAGAAACGCAUGUCCGCUGUGCACUAUGCUGCCACGGGGGGCUUUUUUGAGGUGAUUGUGCUGCUGUCUGCAUUCUCAGCAGACAUGAGUGUGAUUAACGUGGACGAGUGCACGGCCCUCCACUUUGCCGCUACAACAGGCGAUGUCAACUGCUGCAAGUUCCUGGCCCAGAGAGGUUGCAACGCCAAAGUUAAGAACUGUGACGGUUUCCUUGCACGCCAAAUUGCCAAAGAUGCUGGUCACAAAGCGGCUGUCAAGGAGCUGAGGAAAGCAGAGCAACAGCGGGGCAAAGAGAACACAGAUGAGAGUGCCUUGACAGACGUGUGGGCUCUGACCCUCCAUGACUGGUCUAACGAAUAUGAACAAGAUCUCCUGCAAGCCUUUGAUCGCGAAAAGGUUCCCUCCGAAACAUUUGCCUCCGUUUUGACAAAAUUAGGCGCUCCGGUCACCCAGGAGCAGCUCGAGUUAAUCAUCUCGUUCCACGGGAUUGGAAGGGACCCCACUAUAAACGUUAAUGACUUCAUCAAAGGUGCCAGCUACAUCAAGAAACCAUACCUUCUCCUCUCUUAUGUCCCCAAGAAGAAAAAAGGUGGGAAGGGGGGCAAGGGGAAGAAGAAGCCCAAAUUUGUCCUCCCAAUGCCCAUUUGUACCCUCCCCCCCGAGCUCAAGCCCAGACGGGAGGAUGGAGGCCCACCAGAAUACAUGAUUGAGACAAUAAACACAGAGGACAUCCGAAAAUUGGACCAAGAUCUUCCACCAGAACAUCCUGUGGUUGAUGACACUGCAUGGUACUUAGAGAAGCCAGAUAAGAUCUACCUCAAUAUCAACUACCUUGUGAAGAAUGGAGAUAUCGAGGCUCUGGAACUGGCUUUCAGUCAAAGGAUUCCUGUGGAUGUUCAAGAUCCGUUUUACAAGACCCCGCUGAUGGUGGCCUGCGCCAUCGGAAACUACGAGGUGACUAAAUACCUCCUUGACAAGAGUGCCGCAGUGGACAUCUGUGACCAGUUCUGCUGGACGCCGCUUCACCAUGCCGCGCAAGCUGGCAAAGUGGAAAUCCUGGAACUGCUGCUGGAGGCUGGGGCCAGCAUUGAUGCUCAGACCAUCACGGGGACCACGCCCCUCAUGGUGGCCAUCCAGAGCACUCACAUCUCCUGUGUGGAGUUCUUCUUCACAGCCGGCGCCAAUGUCUUAAUGGAGAACAAGAAAGAACAAAACUGCCUUGACGUGGCGACCGCAUUUGGCGACGGUGCAAUUUAUCAGUUGGUCAAAGACAAGUUUGAAUCCAUGCCUAAACCCAAAAACAAAGGGAAGGGGAAAUGAAAGGGAUAGCUGCAACUCUUGGAAUGCGUUCACCCUAAACCCUUUUUCAUCUCUUUCUUUGCCUUGGUCCACUGUCAGCUGAGUCUUGUACUUGAAGAGAAUUUGAAGAGUUUGUUUUCAAAAUGAGACAUAUCCGUUUUUUUCAUUUUGAGAAAAGGGCUUGGUAUUGAAGUGAAAACAAUAAACUCAAUUUCUAACUA